AUGGUUCAGAAGAAGAAGAAAGCGGCGGCGGCGACCAAACUCCGCAAGCCGCCGAAGCGCGACGCGGAGAAGAAGCUUGGUAAGAAGGGUGACAUGGCGCAGUUCAGGGCGCAGCUGGACUCCCUUGGGCUGAAGAUAGUCGAAGUCACGGCAGAUGGCAACUGCUUCUUCAGGGCAAUGGGUGACCAGCUUGAGGGCAAUGAAGAAGAGCACAUGAAGUACCGAGCUAUGGUUGUGGAAUACAUUGUGAAACACCGCGAGGAGUUUGAGCCAUUUAUCGAGGAUGAAGUUCCGUUUGAGGAAUACUGUGACUCUAUGCUAAAGGAUGGGACUUGGGCUGGCCACAUGGAGCUGCAAGCCGCUUCUCUGCUGACAAGAAGAAACAUAUGCAUUCACAUGCUUAACUCACCACGUUGGUCUUAUCAUCAUGGUGAGCACUACAACAGUGUCAGGCUGAGAGAAGAUCCAUGUCAAGGUCCUGCAAUGCCAGUUGUCAUCAAGACUGAUGCCAAUAUAUCCAACACAAACAAUAACGCUCAAACAAAAGCAAAAGAGGUGAAGAAAUCUUCACACAGAUCAACCUAUGACCACACAUCAGUUAAAUUGGUCAUGGCUGGAACUGGAUGUUCUGACGUUGCCAUAGCUAAGCAUGUCCUGGGAGAAAUGGACGGUGAUGUUGAUGCUACCAUUGAGUACAUGAUAGCGGAGCGACUUGCAGUCAGUACUGAUGGUGCGGAGGUAGACCCUUGUAUGGACUAUGCAUGUAAUGGAGAUGAACUUAUCAAAUGGCAAGAGGAGAACAACAUGAUUGAGCACAAGGAUGAAGCAAGUUGUUCCAGCAAAGAUGAAACUGUCGAGAAACCAAAAAAAUCAGAUGUGCAAUCUAAGAAGGAGAAGUCGAAAACCAAGGAUUGUUGCUCCUGUGGAUCAGCAAGGAAGCACAAGGCGUCUUGUAGUCUAGCCACAGCAUCGUCAUCAUCAAGAGAGCCUCCAAGGGCCAAAGGCGGGCAAGGGAAAGGCCAGAAAGGAAAGAAGCAAAAGAAGAAAGAACAAGCGGAAGCAGCACCUGCCAAGGCCAAGGAGUCUGCAGUUGCGCCAGACCUAGGAGCUCUUUGCAUCUGA